AUAACACAAAUUGUCAUUUCGCCAAACAGCGAGCGACAGCCUACAGCCUACCCUACCAAAAUUCAAAAGCUGUGUCUUAAAAGCAAGAUCUUGCGCACCCUAGUGUGCGAGUACUAUGUGCUAAAAAAACAAUUCUGAAGAAGCGCGAAAAGUGAAAUCAAAUUAAACCCAAAUCUCUCUACUCUCUGCUGCUGGCUGUUGCUGCAACGUCUUCUAGGGUUUCAAAUUCAUUUUUCUCAGCACCUUGUAAUUUUAUUCCUCCAAUGUCGAACCCUAAGUCCGCCGAUCCCUCCCUCUGGUGGGACUCUUUCACUUCUCUUCUCACUGACCUCGAAAAUGCUCCUCUCUCUUCAGACCUCCCUGCAUCCCUAGCGAAGCAGUUGAAGGAGAAUCAUGAUUGGUUUGUUGACACAGUGUCUCUCUUCAAGCCCCCAAGUGCGAAAUCAAGAGAAGUUUUGAAUUCGCAGCUAGUGAAAGUUGGUUCUCAUGAAUUGAAUAUAAAGAGUGAAUUGAAAGAUAAGGCUUUGCAAAUAAGUUCUUAUUUGCAUUUAGAUGAGGUGCAGUCAUACAUUCUUGUGGAAAGGUCUCUCGAGAGCAAUGGUUUAGCUGCUGAUUCCAUAGUUGAAGAAUAUCUUCAUGUGAUAAUGCUUCAGUACUACAUUGAGCGACAGUGCUUGUUGAAGUGUACCAGGCAGAUUCUCACGCAUGCUUUAUAUGUUGGAAUUAGCUCGAAAGGAGAAAAUUUCAUUAGGGAUGAGGCAAUAAAGCUGAUUUCUGAUGGACUGGAAUGCAAAUUAAUCUCUGUCCUCCAGGAACUUCUAUCCUCCAGUCAUCCUGAGGAGAUGGAUGUAGAUCUUUACACUUUGUGGGCUGAGGAGAGAUUGAUUGAAGAUAAUUUGGUGUUGGAUAUUCUCUUCCUUGUUUAUUAUGAAUCACUUUGCACAUGUAACGGUGAAACGUGGAAAAAGCUAUGCUCACUUUAUAAGGGGAUUUUAUCUGGGUCUUAUAAUUUUGGGAGGUUGGAGAUAUCAAGUGAGGCACUAAAGUCUUCUUAUCAUGCCAAAAUUCAGUUACUACUCAUCCUUAUGGAAACCUUGGACCUGGAAAAUCUUCUUCAAUUGGUGCAUGAUGGAAUCCCUUUCAGGCCGGGCGCUUCCAUAUUUUCCUUGACUGAUAUUCAACAAAUGGAUGCAUUGAUAUCUAGUUUUAAUGCUUUUGAAAUGAAAGAAGCAGGACCACUAAUGCUCACAUGGGCAGUAUUUCUAUGUCUAAUUUCAUCGCUUCCCAGGAAAGAAGAAAAUGAUGUGUUAAUGGAGAUUGAUCAUGUAGGUUACCUACGUCAAGCAUUUGAAAGUGCAUCACUAAAUUAUUUUCUUGAAAUUCUUGAUAGCAGUUUGCUGAAAGAGUCAGAUGGGCCUGUAGCUGGCUAUCGAAGUGUCUUGAGAACUUUUGUCUCUUCUUUUAUUGCAUCUUAUGAGAUAAACCUUCAGUUAGAAGACAGUACCUUUAAUCUCAUAUUGGAUAUUCUUUGCAAGAUCUAUCGAGGAGAGGAGUCACUUUGUAGUCAGUUUUGGGACAGAGAAAGUUUCAUAGAUGGUCCUAUUCGGUGUCUUCUCUGCAACUUAGAGGGUGAAUUUCCCUUCAGGACUCAAGAAUUUGUUCGCCUUUUAUCAUCCCUUUGUGAAGGAUGUUGGCCCACAGAAUGCGUAUAUAACUUUCUUGAUAAAUCUGUGGGUAUAUCUUCGUUAUUUGAAAUUACUAGUGAAUCCCUGGUGGACAGCAUCUCACAAAUUGUUGAAACUCGCCUGCCAUUGCAUGUUCCUGGAGUGGAAGGUUUGCUAAUUCCCGCUAAAACUCGUGGACAUGUGUUGAAAAUUAUUGGUGGUAAUACUGCUAUUGUACGCUGGGAGUAUUCACAAUCUGGGAUGCUUGUCCUACUUUUGCGUUUGGCCCAAGAGCUGUAUUUGGAGAGCAACGAGGAAGUUUUUCUUUCUCUUGACCUACUUAGUCGAAUGGUAUCUUUUAACACGGGUGUAGCUUUUUCAUUGAUGGAAAUUGGCAGCUCAUUUAACUAUCAAGCAGCUGAAAUCAAGGGGCAGACUGACAGGAAUUUGUGGGUGGUUGAAAUUAUUUGUGCUGUUAUUAAAAAUCUGUCUCCUAGUCCUGGUGCUGCUGCAGUGCUGUCUAUGGGUGUCAGUAUUUUAGCGAGGAUGUUGAAAUGUGCUCCAUCUCAUGUUGCUGCUGUCGCUCUGAAAACAAAUAUAUUUGAGAUGACCUCAAAAACAAGCAUUUUUUAUGUUGGCUAUGAUGGCUUAUCAAGUGGAUCAUGGUUGCUUUCUGGACAGCUAGCAAAAAUGCUCUUACUAGAUGCUGAGCAGAAUGAAUACGAGAAUCCCUUAAUAAUAUCAGUCCUGGAGUUUACCAUGCAGCUUCUCGAGACAAGAGUAGAAAAUGAGUUUGUUCUAGCUUUAGUUGUUUUCUCUCUGCAGUAUAUUCUAAUUAAUCAUGAGUACUGGAAAUACAAGGUGAAGCAUGUUAGAUGGAAAGUAACAUUGAAGGUGUUGGAGGUGAUGAAAACUUGCAUGAUGUCAAUCUCAUUUUCUGAAAAAUUAGGUUUUGCUAUCCGUGAUAUGUUACUCUCUGAUUCUUCUAUCCACGGUGUAAUCUUUCGAGUCAUUUGUACAACUAAACAAACCUUAGAGAACCUUUAUGUCAGCCGUCUCAUUGAACUGGCGGAGAUAGAAGGACUUCAGCUUGCUAUUAGUUCUGCUUUGGAUAUUCUAUACAUUAUGCUUUCCAAAUUUUCUGAGGAUAUCUCAGAUGGUCUUCCUGUCUUUCAGCAAGCAGUGCUGUCAUCUUCAACAAAACUGAGUCCAGUUGUUGCAGCUGUUAUAUCUUUGAUGUCUUAUUCUCGCAAUUCUGCAAUACAGGUUGAGGCCACCAAGGUUUUAUCAACUUUGAUGAUUAUGGCAGAUUAUUUUAAGCCAUAUUUGUCUAGCAAUGUGUGUUUUGGUCUGGAUGAUAAGCAGAUUGCAGAUCUAAGGCAUUCUGUGGACAGUGCAUUAUCUAAGCGGUUAGAGUGGAAUGAAAGUCUAUUUGUUGCUAUAGUCAAUAUGCUUACUUCUGCAGCACGCCAUCAGCCUGCUUUUCUUGUUUCGAUUUUUGCUCCAAAGGUGGAUCCUGAAGUCCAAUCAAAGAAUGCUGGAGGCAUGAAGCAACCAACAAGUGAAACUUUGGAUGGCCCACAGGGGUCCCAGAAAUCAAGUUUGCUUGAUGCACUCAUGCAAUAUGUAGAUAGGGCUGGUGAUUUUAUUAACAGCAAUCCGCGGAUACUGCUCAGUGUACUUGAUUUCCUGAAGGCAUUGUGGCAAGGGGCUGUUCCUUAUAUAAAUAUUUUGGAGCAUCUACAAAGCUCUAGAAUGUUUUGGAAACAACUAUCCAACUGUAUUUCAUUAGUUACUAGCUCAAAAACUUCUCUGCUUGAAAAUCUGACCAAAAUGGAGGCUCAAAGCUUGAUGUACAAAUAUCGGUGUCAAUGUUCUAUAUUGGAAAUAAUGGCAUGUGAAAUGUUUCUGAAGAAAAAAUUGUUACACGCUGAGUCACUUUCAAAAGAAGCCCCUCAAUCUAAGGACAGCACGGAAAUUUCAGCGAGCACUGAAAAAUCAAAAUCUGCAAGUGAUUGUGAUUUGAAAGACAUUUUUUCAAGUUGGUUUGAUAUGUCCAUUUUGGGAAAACUGAUCAAAUCAUAUACUUAUUGUGAAUAUGAUGAUGGAAUUUGUUAUCGUGCAAAGGUUGCUGCCAGUUUGUUCAUUGUCCAAGCAAUUGGUAAAUUAGAAUCUGGCAACAGUGGAAGUUUGUCUUUAUCAUUAUUGGAGAAGAUCCGCAUUGCUUUUGAAAAAAUGAUCUGUCAGCCUGCCUUUUCUGAACUGUUGGCUCAGUAUUCAAAACGGGGUUACAGUGAGGGGAAGGAACUAAAAAGUCUCAUUCUCAAUGAUCUGUAUUAUCAUCUACAGGGGGAGUUUGAAGGCCGUAAAAUUGGUCCUGGGCCAUUCAAAGAACUCUCUCUGUAUCUGGUUGAAUCAAAAUUUUUAGAGACAUAUAAAAAAAAAUACAAUGAUGCAUGUCUUACAGAUACCAAAAACAUCUACUUGUAUGACCUCACUCGUAUACAAACAGAGUUGGGACUACAUAUGUGGGAUUAUACAGAGUGGAAAGAACAUAAAGGAACUGCAGAAAAAAUGUUGGAUUGCAUGCAGCAAGUGAAUUCAAUGGUUUUGCUUUCGAGUUCAAAACAUUCCACGCUGAAAGCAUUGAUAACUGUCUUGACUCUGUAUGAAGAUAAUUUGCCAGAGAAAGAGGCUACAACUUGUGGGAAGAUCCCUGAUCAACUCUGCUUUUCAUGCAUUGACCAUAUAUGCCGAUGUUUCCAUGACACUGUAGAAUCAUUGGCUCCCACUCUUGAUGCCUCUGAAGAGAUUCUUGAUUUCCUUUCAGCACAAGCAGAACUACUUCUCCAUCUUGUAAGAUCAGCCCAGGGUAGCUUGUCUGUAUCUGCUUGUGUAAUUGUCUUGAAAACUUCAGGUUCUGGCCUUAGAAUGCUUAGUGACUUCUGGUCUGCGAUUAGUGGGAUUAAAAAGACAAUGAAGGUCCUGCUUAUGCUGCUUCUCUUUGCUGUGGAGUCCAGCAUUACUCCAGAUAAGAAAUCUGAAGGCUUUGCAGAGGUUUCAAAUGUUUGCCUCAGCCUAUUGCCUAUUUUGUGUAACUGCAUUACUACUGCUGAGCAUUCUAGCCUCUCCUUGACUGCCAUUGACUUAAUACUGAGAACUCUUUUGACCCCCAAGACUUGGUUUCCCAUCAUACAGAAACAUCUCCGUUUGCAACAUGUUAUUUUGAAGCUUCAAGAUGACAAUUCUCUUGCAUCCAUUCCGACAACAUUGAAGUUCCUUUUGACUCUGGCGCAUGUGAGAGGAGGUGCUGAAAUGCUCCUUAAUGCUGGUUUUUUCUCUUCUCUAAAGGCAUUAUUUGGCAACUUAUUGGAUGAUAGGCCUUCCGCUGUGAACACCAACACCAACAACAGCUUCCCAAAGUCAUCUGAAAAAGAUGAAAAGCCUCAAUGCAUUUGGGGUCUUGGCUUGGCUGUGGUCAUAGCUAUGAUUCAUUCUUUGGGGGAUAGUUGUACUGAUCUCAUGGACAAUGUAAUACCUUACUUGUUUUCGGAGAAAGCUUACUUGAUUUCUUAUUACCUUGAUGCACCUGAUUUUCCAACUGAUAGUCAUGACAAGAAAAGACUGCGGGCGCAGAGGACACAGACUUCUCUAAGUACUCUCAAGGAAACAGAGCAUACUCUUAUGUUGAUGUGCACUAUAGCAAAACAUUGGAAUUUGUGGGUUAAGGCCAUGAAAGAAACGGAUUCCCCAUUGCGAGAGAAAAGUAUCCAUUUGUUGGCCUUUAUUAGCCGAGGAAUGCAUCGUCUUGGAGAAUCUCCUGGCCGAACUGCCCCUCUUCUAUGUCCUCCCAUCCUCAAAGAGGAAUUUGAGAGCUGCAAGAAGCCAGCAUUUCUAAACUGCAGGAAUGGGUGGUUUGCUCUUUCACCCAUUUGUUGCGCUUCAAAGCAGAAGCUCCCCACUGCCUCAGCCACCAGUACUGCUCUUGUAAUCAAGGGUCAAUCAACUGAAACUGCUAAUCCAGUUUCUCCAACGUAUUUCUCGGACUUGCUAGCCUUGCAGAUCUAUAGAAUUGCAUUUCUUCUAUUGAAAUAUCUUUGUUUGGAAGCUGAGGCUGCUGUUAAAAGAUCAGAGGAAGUGGGAUUUUUUGAUCUCGCUCAUAUUCCCGAGCUUCCAAUGCCUGAGAUAUUACAUGGUUUGCAGGAUCAAGCUGUUGCUAUUGUUUCUGAAGUGUGCAAUGCAAACAAGUCGAAGCAAAUUCAUCCUGAAAUCCAGUCAGUCUGCCUCUUACUGCUUCAGAUAAUGGAGAUGGCAUUAUAUUUAGAACUUUGUGUUUUACAAAUCUGUGGAAUACGACCAGUAUUAGGACGAGUGGAGGAUUUCUCGAAGGAAGUCAAAUUGUUGUUAAUAGCCAUGGAGGGGCAUGUAUUCUCAAAAGCAUCAGUAAAAUCCUUGAAACAGAUAAUAUCUCUUGUGUAUCCCGGAUUAUUACAAACCGAAGGUUUGUUGUGAAAUAAUUUAGUGGACAUAGGUCAUAGUUAAACUGCAGAAAGGUUAUAGAAAGAAAAUGAAAAUCAUCUAGGCAUACAUGACUGAUACUCUUCUACUCUUAAAAAAGGUACGUACAGUUACGGUUAAAACUUUUAAUUUUCUGGCUUUCUUUUCUUUUCCUUCUUUUUCAGUCAUUCCUUUUGUGAUUGAAAGGAGGCGGCUUUUCCUUGCUAACAAAUAUAAUAUUGCAUAUGCCCGCUAAGAAAAAAAGGGAACCUAUAUCUGGUGGUAUUCAUUAGUGUUGUCAUGCGGGGAAAAGACACAAGUUUCUUUUUCUCCGGUGAUCUGAUAUUUUCUCUUGCGCUCGGAUGGGCCCUGGCUAUUUUAUUCGUUGAAAGUUAUAAAGAAGGAUAUUUGUUUUG